AUGUCUUCCCACUCCUGUGUCAGCACUUUGGCCGUCUUAGAGUCACUAAAAUCGUCUGCCCGUUUUACAACUCUUGAUAGGUGCGUAAUACUAUCAUGCGAUACACAAUCUGCAGGACUUAUACCCCAAGCAGACGUGUUGCACGGUCUGGCGUACCGCACCUCUUCGAACAUACAUGACAUAGUAGUAACACAGAGAAAGUGUGAUCGAAUGCGUUAACCCAUCCCAAACACCGCAUAUUAUUAGGACUUAUAGAGGUGAGAUAAUUGAAUUUAUCUAGAUCAGGGACAUAGAAGGUCUACGGAUACGGUACAAAAGUGCUGUAUGCGGGAGCUUCGACAAAAGGACAACGGAAUGCAACCCACUGCCACUCCCUCCUGAAGUGAGCUCAUUUGAAGUAAAAUACGAAAACACACUAAAAUCUUGACACUUAGGCGACAGGUACAGUCCUCCAAAUAAUUACUAGGCAUUGGUGUAAGCAGCAUUCAUCUGCCCCAUUUUUCUCAGCUCAGUUGCCAUGAGUCUCUUUCGAAAGCUUUAACGAAGAUUGCGCUGAUAAAGCUGUCAAAAGAAAUGCUUCCAUAAACACGGACGAAAGACUUUGAUAACUGAAAUGCGAGAAUUCUGUUAAAGCAAAAAAUCCUCGAAGAUUGAAGUAGGUGGAAUACUCCCUGGUGAACACGGGUAUACAAAGGCUCUAGGUCAUGAAGCAGGACGAAAAAGCGGAUAUUUUGUGAGGCGUUCAGUGAAAGACAGCACUCCCUAAUACGCAGCUAACCUCCCCGCAGUAUUUAUACACAGAGUGAAGUGCGCCACUCUGUGAAGUCCGUUGCGCACUUUGUUAAAUUAACAAGUAGGGGGUUACACAAUUCCAAGUAUUGGCUUUACUGGCGGUCUUAUAUUAGUAGUCCUGGUGUUUUAAACAGCAUGCGUCCCAGCUCGUGCACAGACAUGUGAUUACAUAUACGCAGGCUACUACCUAUUUCACAGUAACAUGACUGUCAGUCAGAUUCAAUAAGGCCGUCGCCGUUGCUGCGGUCACCAUCUAGGCCAGAAAAAACGGUAGUUAGAAGCAUUUGUUCGACCGUCAUUCAGGCAGAAGCGAACAUGACAUAGACAGUUUGAUAUCAGUCAGAAGGGAAGACGGCGGCUUUCAGCAGUCUCCCCUGAAAUAAAUUGCUCAUAUCCCACACACGGAGCCCGCUGAUGAAGAAGGGUCAAAAUUCGAAACACACUGAAGUUUGUGUCAGAUUGUGCAUACGAAGGAAAUCACCGUUUUUUGAGUUGAUUACAUGAAUCCUCGUCUAAGAAUCAGCACAGGAACAACAAAUACAAGCAGAUAACUUUUCGUGCAGUUCCGAGGCAAUCUGGCUGUCUAUUAAAGUGCCGAGCUCGCUUAACCUCGAUGUCCUGAAAAUUUAUCGACCGCCGAGACGGGACAACAUGGCCGACACUCGCCUGCUGGAGGAGCUCGAAUAGUUCGCUUCGCGGCCGGAUAUCCUGAUCACGGGCGACUUUAACGCGCCCCAUAUUGACUGGAGUUCGACCCAUGCAAAUAGCUCAGAACAGACCUUCGAUAGGAGUUUUCUGAACACGGCACUGAAGUUAUUUCUCACUCAACACGUCAUGUUACCCACUAGAGUACGCGAAGGCCAACAAGCCAACUGUCUUGGUCUUGUCCUUACGAAGUCACAGGACAGCAUUGAUGAGGUGUCAUGCCUACCCCCCUUAGGUAAAAGUGACCACGUCGUUCUUCUAUGGGAUAACUCGCUUUUUUCCAUGCCCGAGAAACCCGUGACAGUUAGAAGAAACCUUUAGCGCGGGGAUUUCGACCAAAUGAGGGCUGAAAGUUCACGCAUUGAGUUGGAGUCCAUAUUUGUUGGGAGCAUAUUCGAAGACUGGCAACGGUUUCGAGAAAUUCUGCACGAGCUGAUGGCAAACCACUGUCCGCUUUCACGGAAGAGGUUAACUAACAGACCUCGACGGCUUACGCAAGCCUUGAAGAAUGAAGUGAAUACAAAACGACGGCUGUGGACAAAAUCGCUUUCUGACAGGAGCCCCACAUCUAUAUGCGCGUACAAAAUUCAAAGAAAUCGAGUCAAGGGCCUUAUCCUCGAAACUAGAAGGGAAUUCGAACGGGAUCUGCUUAAACGUGCCGCGGAGAACCCUAAAUUAUUCUACGGUUACAUUAGGCAGUGCACGCGGAACAAGGACUCAAUACCCCUGCUGAGGACUGCCGAAGGCGAACAUCUCACCGACGACAGGGCGAAAGCUGAUCACCUUUCAGAAUUUUUUCGGUCUGUUUUUAGUAGCGAAACAGGAUUCAACCCUUCGGCCCUUCAAUCCUUCGAAGACACCCCAGUUAUAAAGACCGUCCAGUCCACUGAGGGUAUGGUUCUGACGGAGUUGCUGAGGCUAAAGGAAUCCAAAUCACCUGGUCCCGAUGAGAUUCCGACGAAGAUUUUGAAGGAACUCGCCGGUGAGUUGUCUAAGCCAUUCUCCAUGCUUUUCCAUACAUCCUUCGAGACCGGAUAUCUGCCACCCGACUGGAAGUCCGCGUGGAUUACGCCGCUGUACAAGGGCGGAAGUCGGGUCUCUGCGAACAAUUACAGACCUGUCAGCCUCACCUCCAUUUGA